AUGGACGUCGUAAAGGCAGUUCAAAAUUAUAUAUACAAGAUGGUUAAUGAAGUUUCGGGGAUGAAAGUCUUGCUUCUUGAUAAUGAGACAACCCCAAUAAUAUCCAACGUGAUGACACAAUCAGCCCUGUUAACACAUGAAACAUAUUUAGUAGACAGAAUUGACAAUCGCAAAAGAGAUAAAAUGCGCCAUUUACGGUGCAUCUGCUUCCUUCGACCAACCAGUGAGACUAUUCAGUUGUUAGUAGAAGAAUUAAGAGAGCCCUGCUACGGAGAUUAUUAUCUGU